AGCGCGAAGACGUUGCUAGCCGCUUAUUUCCGAGCUUCUCUUGGCUCAUUGUUUAUUUCUUGUUUGUUUUUGUGUUUUGAGCUGCAAGUCGCGUUCGAGCAGCGUUUAUUUUUAUCGCCUUUCCAAAGAGCGCAAGUGAUUGAAAUUCUGCGCCAGUGCCGGAGUAAAAGAAGUGAUAAACGAAGCGAUCGGGGAAGCAGCUGAAAAACGGUCGCCCAAUUGGAGGCACCGAUUCGAAACGGCCCCAAAUGAGAUUGAAACGCCUCGAAAAAGCAUCACACGGGCCAGCCAAUUGCCAUUUGCGAUUUAGCAAUUGCGGAUCGAAUUGAACUCAGGCAAAUUGUGGCACUCCAUAGCCACCACACUCCACACUCCAUACUCCACACUCCAUACUCCACGCACACCUGCACCACCGAGUGUGUUGGCCCCGAAGGUCGACCGCAUCUUUACAGGCUUUCGACUCUGCGUCACUGUCUCAAGAAUGUGUUAAUUCGGUGGUGAUUCGACAACAACAAGAAAGCUUCGACUGCCUAUAAAGCGGCAACAACAACACUUUGCCGCCUGACGACAUAAGAUUUGCAUAAAAAAGUAAACAAACGCGCCUCAGAGAAAAGAAAAAAGCAACAGCGCUGGGGAAAAAAUCAAAACAAAAUCAAUUCCAUAUAUCAAUACAUAGCUAUGAAAAUGACUAUACCAUGACAACAAGGCAAAUGUAAAAUAUUUUAUAACAUAUUUAUGUAUCACUUCAUUUUUAUUUGAAGGCUAUGACAAUCAAAGAGUAGCUUGUUUAUUAAUUUAACAUUGUGAAUACCCAAACUAAGAAAGUAAUAUGAAAUCAAAUUUAUAUUUUAAUCAGUUCCUUGACUGUGUUUAUUCCACAUGUAAUGAUGACUAAAUCUUUUCAAUUUGCGCCAAGUCGAAUAAACUACUAUUAAAUGAAAUAUUUUCCAAAAAUUUGUUAUAAGCAUGCGACUUUCAAGCAGAUAUAAUAACAGAUUGAUUCUUGUGACUAAAUAUAACGUUUCAAAAUACAGAAAUGGAAUGCUAUUGAUAUUGUAACACAUAGACAACAAGAAUAUCGAACUUAUUACCUUCAUCGUUGUGUUUUAUCUGUAAAGAAUCGAAAUGAUUGGACUACGGCCGCAUCGAAAGCGUUUGGAGCUGGUUUUGAUGGUACUCAUCGGCGUGGCCUGGGGCAUUUUGUUGUCGGAGUUGAUGCGAAGGCAAAAUCAGGAGGCUCAGGUGAAGGAGAAAAGCAGCCCCUUUCCUACCAGUCGCCGGAUAAGUCCUUGCCCCACGGCUCCUUCCACCACCUCCACUUCUCCCUACAUUACCACCACACCUCCAUCUCCUCAUGAGCUGGCCUCCCAUCUGUUCAACAAGACACGUGUCCUGUGCAUGGUGCUAACCAGCCCAAAAAACCACCAGAGUCGCGCCAUCCACCUCCAGAGAACUUGGGGCACGCGCUGCAACAAGCUGAUCUUCAUGAGCACCAAGGCGGAUAAGGAACUGGGUGCAGUGGCUCUGAAAGUGAGGGAGGGCUACUCAAACCUAUGGCCCAAGACUCGGGCAUCACUCCAGUAUGUCUACAAGCAUCAUUUUCGGAACUACGACUGGUUUCUGAAGGCCGACGAUGACACCUACGUGAUAAUGGAGAACCUGCGAGCCUUUUUAUCCGCCUACAGUCCGAAGGCCCCAGUUUAUUUUGGCAACAAGUUUCGCACGCAUGUAAAAGAGGGAUACAUGUCUGGAGGAGCGGGCUAUGUUCUGAGCAAAAUGGCCCUGCACCGGCUCAUGAAGGUGGGAUUUGGCAACAGUAGCCUCUGCAGCAACCGUGGAUAUGGCUACGAGGACGUGGAACUGGGCCGAUGUCUGCAGGGGGUGGGCGUUGUGGGUGGAGAUUCCAGGGACGAACACGGCCUGAGUCGCUUCAUUCCCUUCUCCCCGCUGCACUGGUAUCCAGACGCGCCGCAGUGGUACCGACCUCUGCUCUACCACACGACUCCAAAUAUCACAAACGAUUGCUGUUCGAACUCGGCUAUCUCGUUUCACUACAACAACGCCAAGGAGUUCUAUGUACUCGAUUAUAUUAUCUAUAAGUUAGGAGUUUUUGGCAUUAACAGGCGACAGGAUCAGUUGCCCUCGAAGAAAUCCUUUUUGGCUGUUAACCAUUCAAAUGGUACUUCUCAAACCAAACAAAUUGAGCUCGGAAAAAUGACAUUUAACAAAAUGGUGCCAGGAAAAAAUGUCACAAAACCAAAAGCCAAAGCCCAAGUCUUAGCCUUCUUGCGAUGAAUAAUUAAUGUAAUAUUGACUGCAGCAGACAAUGCCAAAGAGUAAGACCAAGAUAUCGUAAGUUAUAGUUCUAAAACUGCUCGUUUAAUUAAGCCAAUUAAUAUUAUUGUUACCCCGUUUUUGUCCGGAUAGGCUAUGAUUGAUGUAAGUUUUACUUAUUGCCAUUUUAAUUAUUUAUAAGUUACAAACAUAUG